GGGGACGAACCAGAAGUCGUAGUCAGGAGCCGGCGUGGGUGGGGGAGGCGGAGAGCAGCGAUCCACCUGGGCGACGUGGCAGCCAUUCCCUACUCCCCGAGACCCCUCCCCAUUCGGCCGCCCACCCGCCCUCUCGCGGCUGGUUGCUGCGAGGUUGCUCUUCCCCGGCCGGACGGAGAGCGGCAGUGUCUCCCUGCCAGGCGCCCGCCGCGCGUCUCCCCCCCCCGCUGCCGCCGCUGCUCGCCAGCCCUGCGCCGUGCCGGAGAGCGCAGUGGCGGCGGCGCGAAAGGGCUGCGGAAUCGCGGCGCUGCGUCUCACACUCGACGACGCGGCCUCGGCCUCGACGCCCUCCGCCCGUUCCCGGAGCAGAUAUUUUAUUCAUGGGAAAGAGAUGCCCUGUAUUAUGGACCUGAGUAUUCAAGGUACCGAAAUGUAAGAAGACAUUAUGUUGGAUAACAGGAAGAGCUGUAGAGUUUGCAUGUGUCAGCUGUGGCCUUAAUAAGCACAUUGAUAGCAUCAGUGAUAGACAGAUGGCUCAUGUGGCUGGUGGCUGCCAUAUUGACAUUGCAGUCCUGGAAGAUGGAGAGAGCUAUGACACAAUAAAUUUAAUUAAAAGGUCCUAUUACUGCUGGAUUGUGCAAGAUAUUUAACCCUAUUUUCUUUGAGGUAUGACUUAAAUAUCAAACAAAUAAGAGAAGGGAAACAUUUUAGUUUUGGAAGUCAGAAUGCCAAGGAGAAGGAAAAAUCUUGGGGGAAAUCCUUUUCGGAAGACUACAAACUCUAAGGAAGUUGUAUCCAGUGUUGCUAGUCGUGAGGAGCCAACCACUACUCUUCCUUCCAUGUGUGAGACAAACGUUGAUCAGGAAGAACUCUUCACCAGUAUCUCAGAGAUGUUUUCUGAUCUGGAUCCUGAUGUAGUGUAUUUGAUGCUUUCUGAGUGUGAUUUCAAAGUUGAAAAUGCCAUGGAUUGUCUAUUAGAAUUAUCAGCCACAGACGCUAAAAUAGAAGAAUCGCCUUCAAAAAGCUUCGUUGCUUCUGAGAACCAAGUAGAUGCAGUGGGAUGUGAAAUAAUGGAAAAGUGUCCUCCUGAAGAAGAGAGUGAAGAUUCAAAAAUGGAUUCAUUUUUGGACAUGCAGCUAACUGAAGACUUAGAUUCCUUAAUACAGAAUGCUUUUGAGAAAUUGAACUCUUCUCCUGAUGACCAUGCAUACUCAUUUUUGCCUUUGCGAGAUGUUAAUAAUUUUAGUAACCCGAGUGCAUUUAUAAAUUCAGAUUCAAGUAGUACGACUCCCAUUCUUUCUACCCAAAAUAUGGAUUUGAACAGUGAAAAUGUAGAGAGUUCUGCCUCUACAUUAAGUUCAAAUUCCUUAACUUCACAUUCACUUGCAAAUGAGUCCAAAAGUUUUACAAAGGAUAACACAUCGGCAUUGGAAGAUUCUCUUCUCAGUAGUUCUUUAAAUGUAGCAAAUGACACUAUGAUGGAUUGUAGUAACCAAGUUCAGAAAGAGCUUUUAGAAUCUGUGUGUGUUGAGACCCAGUUCUCUCAAGCCCCUGUAGAUUUGGAUGCCAACGAACUUCAGGCUCCUUUAAACCUUACUGUGCAAACUCUGGGGCUUGGUUUACUAGGUACAGGUGGAGAUCAGAAAUCUGUUCCUGAUGUUUUUGUACCUUCUGAAGAAUUCAAUUUCCAGUCACACAAACAGACUGAACUGCCACCAAAGGGGAAGGAUGUGAACUACUGCCCAGUACUUACCCCUCUCCCUCUACUGCUGCCUCCUCCUCCCCCUCCACCAAUGUGGAAUCCAAUGAUUCCUGCUUUUGACCUCUUUCAAGGAAACCAUGGCUUUGUAGCUCCUGUUGUAACCACAGCUGCACACUGGAGAUCUGUCAACUAUACAUUUCCACCCCCGGUUAUUUCUCAUACUUCCCCAACAAAGGUAUGGAGAAAUAAAGAGGGAACAAGUCCUUAUCAGGUACAAGAAACUCCAGUUUCUCAGGUUGUAAGAAAGAAGACAUCAUCAUAUGUUGGACUAGUUCUUGUUCUUCUCAGAGGGCUUCCGGGAUCAGGAAAAUCUUUUUUGGCAAGGACUUUGCAAGAGGAUAAUCCAAGUGGAGUCAUUCUUAGUACUGAUGAUUAUUUUUACAUAAAUGGACAAUACCAGUUUGAUGUAAAAUACUUAGGAGAAGCACAUGAAUGGAAUCAGAAUCGUGCAAAAGAAGCAUUUGAGAAGACGGUAUCUCCUAUAAUAAUAGAUAAUACAAAUCUACAGGCAUGGGAAAUGAAGCCAUAUGUUGCUUUGUCUCAAAAACAUAAAUAUAAAGUCCUUUUCCGGGAACCGGAUACCUGGUGGAAAUUCAAACCAAAGGAACUUGCAAGGCGUAAUAUUCAUGGGAUAAGCAAAGAAAAAAUAACAAGAAUGUUGGAACACUAUCAACGUUUUGUUUCAGUGCCCAUAAUCAUGAGUUCUUCAGUUCCAGAGAAAAUGGAACGUAUCGAGUUGUGUGCAUAUUCUUGUGACAGAAGUACUAGAUCUUACAGCCCAAGAGACAAUGAAGAUAUUGCCUCUGAAAAAGAAGAAAAUGUUUUAUCCUCGUCUCUGAAGCAUCCAGAGUUAAUUGAAGAGAAGAAACAUGAUGUGACCAAAGAAAAUUUGUUACCUGAGAAUGUUACAUAUCUCCCUAAUGCAGAUUUAAACAACGGAAAAAAAGAAAUAAUUGGUAUGAAUCCUAACAUUCAGAAUGCUUUCAUUCAGGAAGCUCCAGACAUUUAUUUUUCUGAUUCUGAAAGCAAAGAACGAGCAACAGACAAAAGUAAAAAAGAAGAACCAGUAGAAAUGGCUCCUGAAAAAGAGUGUAGUAAAACCAAUUCAGAUAGUUUUGUAGAGAGAAUAUCACCAGGUAUUUGCUAUGGUGGAAAUAAUCAAGAAGACUGUGGUCUUUCAAAUACUGUACCACUUCAAAAUGAAAAAUCUUCAUCUAGUGAAACGCUGGAAGAAAGAGCAGGAGUAAAGAAAAAAGCCUUUGGAAAACAAAAAAGCAAAUCAACUUCGGAAAAGUUCCCAAGACAAGAGCUGUCUUUUGUUGGUGACUGGCCAGUUGAUAAGUCUAUCGGUCAGAGGACAAAAAGGAACCGAAAAACUGAAAAAGCUUUAUCUAUACAAAGUGACAAAAAGUAUAAUUGCCCUCAGUCACAUAAAGUAUUAGACAGUAGUUUAUCUGUGAGUAUAGAUUGUAUCCAGCCACGAGGAUCUCCACAUGAAAACGUAGAGGAUGACAGCAAGUCACAGUGUGAUGAUGCCUCAGAAUCUUUCAAUAGCUGUAAAUAUGGUACUUAUAAAAAUACUGAAAAAGACUCAUUCAACAUUGUGGGUGCCUGGCCUUCAUCUGAUUCUUUAGCUCAGAGAGAGCACAGAUCAAGAAUGCCAAAGGCUGGCUUAAAUGAACCCAACCUAGAAUUUGGAACUAACAACAGUAUGAAUGAAAUGUCCUUAUAUACAGCACAUGAGGCCUGUUGGGGCACAAGCCCUGAAGAGCUAAAAACAUUGGGUAGUUCUACUCGAGGAAGUUCUGAAAUGCUGCCCAAUGAAAUGACUUGUGAGAAUAAAACUUGUCCAAGUAAAAAGAUUCAUAGGCAGCACACAUUGUCUCUUACUUUUACCAAUAGUGUGCCAACUGCUCCUGGAGGAGUGGGACCACAAACUUUAGCUGAAUUUCAAGAAGAAAAGACUAAAGAAGUCCCUGGAAUAGAAGUAGGCAAGUGUACUCAGACUGAACCACAGGAUUUUGCUCUCUUAUGGAAAAUAGAAAAGAAUAAAAUUGGUGUUUCAGAUUCUCUGAGAGUAUUAACAGGAAGAUUAGAUGGAUUUAAACCGAAAGCUUUCAAUAUUAACACAAAAUUAGAUGUUCAAGAAACAAUUCCAUAUAGGGUAAUGUAUGACAAAAGCACAUAUGUUGAAGAAAGUGAGCUUACCAGUGCUGAUGAAUCUGAAAAUCUUAACAUUCUUUGUAAACUAUUUGGAUCGUUUUCAUUAGAAGCCCUAAAAGACCUAUAUGAGAGGUGUAACAAAGAUAUUAUUUGGGCCACAAGCCUUUUAUUGGAUUCUGAAACUAAAUUAUGUGAGGAUACUGAAUUUGAGAAUAUAGAAAAGUCAUAUGAUGAAGCACAAAUUGGGCCAUUUUCUCUGGGACUGAAUUUGAAGGAAAUUAUUAGCCAAAGAGGAAGCUUAGAGGAGUCUAAUUCUUCUGUGCCAGAAUUUAGCCAUGGAAUUGGUAUCAGUAACACUAACGUACAGUCUACCUGUAAUUCAGAAAAGGAAAACUUAGAGCAGGCAGAAAUAAAAGCUAUAACUACUGAAAAACCUGGAUUAAUAACAGGUAUAUUUCCUAAUGUAGAUCUCAAGAAUAAUAAUGAAGUACUUCCUAAUAGUCAGGCAGAACUUUCAGGUUUAUAUAAUGUUAAGCAGUUUUUUCCAGGCACUCUAAAAGCUACUACCACUAAAAAUGUGGGUGAAAUGGAGAAGAAUCCAGAAGUCACUGAGAUUGGAGACAGUAUACAUUCUUCUUUGAAUUUGUCUGAUAUUUUAAAUUCUGUAUCGAGCACUUCGGAUCUUGAAUUACAUGAAGAAAUUUAUUUUACUGACUCUUUUGACAUAAAUAAAAGUGAAAAUCUUCCAAAGGAUUAUGUGAAAUUUCCAAACACAGAAGAAUUUAUGAAUGAAGAUGAACUGGAAGUGGAAAAAAUUCUAAUGUCAGGGAGUGCUUUGUCAGCUGAAGUUACUGAAGGAGAUAAAACUGAGACGUUGAAUCCCACGCCAGUGAUGGCCAAAUCGCUGACCAUAGACUGUCUGGAAUUGGCAUUGCCCCCUGAACUGGCUUUUCAGCUCAAUGAAUUAUUUGGCCCUGUUGGUAUUGAUUCAGGGUCCCUAACAGUUGAGGACUGUGUGGUUCAUAUAGACCUGAAUCUGGCUAAAGUGAUUCAUGAAAAAUGGAAAGAAUCUGUAAUGGAGCGACAAAGACAAGAAGAGGUAUCCUGUGGCAAAUUAAUGCAAGAUCCUUCCCUGGUUGGGCAUGUUGGUCUUGAUAAUCCAGAACAAAAAUCAUCUCAGAGAACGGGCAAAAAAUUACUGAAGACUUUAGCAGCACCUGAAAUGCAACCCUUAUUGGAUCAUUGGAACACUCAUACUAAAAAAGUAUCACUCAGAGAAAUAAUGUCAGAAGAAAUUGCCUUACAGGAAAAGCAUGAUUUGUUUCUACCCAUUGAGGAGAAUAUGUUUUUGAGGACGUUGUUCACAGCAGCACACAGUGUCCCUUUAAUGAGGACCCAUGGGAGAAAUUUCUCUCAGAAAAGGGAGCCGCUUAUAUUUGAAAAAGAUUGUGCCACUAAACUAAAGGAGAAGCAGCUCUUUAAGAUAUUUCCAGCCAUUAACCAAAAUUUUCUGGUGGACAUUUUCAAGGACCACAACUAUUCGUUAGAACACACAGUGCAAUUUCUAAAUUGUGUUCUUGAAGGAGACCCUGUAAAAACAGUGGUAGCACAAGAGUUUGUUCACCAAAAUGAGAAUGUCACUUCUCAUACUGCACAGAAGUCUAAGGAGAAAAAGGUAAAGAAAUUGAAAGAGACUGAAGAUAUACCAAGCGAACCAUCUUUCCAGGAUUUUGAGUACCCAGAGUAUGAUGACUACAGGGCAGAGGCUUUCCUGCAUCAGCAGAAGAGGAUGGAAUGCUAUAGCAAGGCAAAAGAAGCUUAUCGGAUGGGGAAGAAAAACGUUGCCACGUUUUAUGCCCAGCAAGGUAGUCUCCAUGAGCAGAAGAUGAAAGAAGCCAAUCACCUUGCUGCUGUGGAGAUCUUUGAGAAAGUCAAUGCCUCCCUGCUGCCACAGAAUGUUUUAGACCUCCAUGGGCUGCAUGUGGAUGAGGCUAUAGAACAUUUGAUGACAGUUUUACAGCAGAAAACUGAAGAAUUUAAGCAGAAUGGUGGUAAGCCCUAUCUCUCUGUGAUUACGGGGAGAGGAAACCACAGCCAGGGAGGAGUUGCUCGCAUCAAACCAGCUGUCAUUAAAUACCUCACAAGCCAUAGCUUCAGGUUCUCUGAAAUUAAACCAGGGUGCUUGAAAGUCAUGCUAAAGUAAAAUAAAUGUCCUUGACUUAAAAGUGUGAAGUAAAGUCUUAAAGGCUUCUAUGAGAGGUAUUUAAAGUGCUUUGAGACCUGGUUCAUAAUACAAGCCCUUCAAAAGCUUGUAUUUAAAAAAGAAAUACUGGGCUUCCCUGGUGGCGCAGUGGUUGAGAAUCUGCCUGCCAGUGCUGGGGACACGGGUUUGAGCCCUGGUCUGAGAGGGUCCCACAUACCGCGGAGCAACUGGGCCCGUGGGCCACAGCUACUGAGCCUGCGCAUCUGGAGCCUGUGCUCCACAACAGGAGAGGCCGCAAUGGUGAGAGGCCCGCACACCGCGAUGAAGAGUGGCCCCCGCUUGCCGCAACUGGAGGAAGCCCUCGCACAGAAACGAAGACCCAACAUAGCCAAAGGUAAAUAAAUUAAUUAAUUAAAAAAAAAAGAAGUACUAGUACCAGUAGUAAUGAAAGAAAGGAGAUCUAACAAAAACACUUGAGUGCUUUUUGAUUUCAAAACAAUACAAAAAAAAUCAUUUUGCUGUAUCCUACAGGAAGGAAGACAUGUUGUUGCACUUUCUUCUGCUUUGUAUAUGAUCGUGAUCUCUUAUCUUUUGUUCCUUUGUUCUGUGUGUGUACAUUUUCUAGGAGUAAAGUUGGAGUCUGAGAUUAUAUUGCAGUUUUAUACCUUCCAUAGGCAGGCAAGUUUUCAGAGAAGGAGAAAUGGUUAGAUAUCUACCAAGUGCUCCUGUCUUAUAAAACUGCUUCUAGUCUUAUAGAACUGUCUGUGUAAGUGGUAUUGAAGACAGUACUUAAAGAGCUAUAUUUUAUAUUUGAGGCAUGUAAUUUCUAAAUUACA